AUGUCAACACCCCGACUCAUCUUCCGCAUAUUUUACUCGCUUAUCUACACAUUCUUUUGUCUACUGUUGGCCGCCUUGAUCCUCAUCACCCCUGCCGAUGCCGUCGUCCAAGCUAUCCGCGGUACCUUUACAUACAACAACGUCGUCAUCAUCUGCAUCGUCUACUUGGUCACAACACUCGUUGUCUUGUUCGUCUACUCGCUCAGGCUGUACAUCACGAGAACUGUCUUGGCCGGUAUCCCGAAACAAUGGAUUCCGAUCGGGAAGGGCGACGUGCGCAAGGAUGUAAGGAACAUGAUUAUACGCGACAUCGGAAGGAGUGCGGCUAUCGCUUAUGCCGCGCGACCAAAGAUUGGCGACCACGACUGGCAUGAUUGGAAUAAGGGAGACGGCCUUCUCACCGUUCCUUCAAUCUCCACAUUCCUUCCGGGCCCCAGCCUGAAGUUGGUCAAGAAACCCGUAAGCAAGACCUCAAACAUUGAGGAUGAUAUGGGCAUCGCACUGCCACCCACACUACCUGUGUGGGGCAAUGUCGACCAUCCCGGCUGGGGCAGUCCCAACAGUCCCGACCUGCGAAAUGUACAAUACGGUACCGUGCUUGACGAAUUACCAAACCUCAUCGAAGCGAAGGCUGUGAGUCUCGCGCCGCCUGAUCUGGAAGCCGGCGGGAUUGGGGCCGGAGCAACGCUGAAUAUGGAGGCGGUCGACGUGCUUGGACGGAGUCUCAAUAUGAGCAUGCGUGAUUAUGUGGUGCACCUAACGGGUUUGGACGUGUUACCCUCAGCGUCGACGGACGAACAACCAGGCAUUACCAGGGAUAUCUCCGAGUUCCUUGAUACCUACGAGCGCGCACGAUUUUCGGGGCGACCAAUGACGAGCGACAGAUUCAGGCGAUUGAUGCAAUUGUUUGCCGAACUGCUGCGCGCCAUGCGGCCUCUUGAUCCUGCAGUCCUGGAUACGCUCGAUCAGAUGGGCAGUGUCGACAUGUACAGUGGUAGCGACGAGAGCGGAGGGAACAUCGACGACGAUGCCCCAAGAGACACGAGGACGGCGAGUCUCAUCUCGGGUCAAAGCUCUGCUCGCAACUUUUCCGACAGGUGGAGUUUCUCAAGCUCAACCGGGAGCAAAGCAAGUAAUUUAGGUAAGAUUGACAAGCAUCGGCAACGGCGACCGAGUCUACUACCCAGGAAUUCGUCAUAUGGCACCGCACCGACAACACCGAAGAGCACGCGCAACUCUGGACUCUCAAUAUCUAAUCGCCCAGCUAUGGAGAGGAAUCCCAGCACAAAGAGCGACUCGACUGACACCUGCGCGCAAACGAGACGGCCAUUCGGUGCGUCGACUUUUAGUAGCGAUGUGAACAGUCUCAGUGGAGGUAGUGUAAUCAGGCUCGCAAGAAGAGAGGACCAACUCAGCGGGGUGGAUUUGCCGUACGUGCUGAGCGUGGGGGAAAUGGUAUGA